UUUGACAAAAUGAGAAUCAUGUACCACUAUCUGUUUGAGGAGAUCUACAAAGAAGGGGAGUACAAGAAUCUGGAGCCCAACCACAAAAUGAAGCGAAGCCUGCAGCUGGUUAAUCGCUUGUAUGGAGAAGAGACAGUCAAUUUUUAUGACGAUUACCUAGACCACUGUGAGGAGUGGUGUUUUGCCAGCUUGAGGAGUGUUGACUUCAAGAAUAAUCCUGAAGCUGCCAGAGAAAAAAUCAACAGCUGGGUGGCGUCUGAGACUGAUAAUCAACUGAAGGAGUUCUUGGAUCAAGGAGAUGUGUCUAAGGACACGAGUCUUGCUCUUAUCAGCGCAGUGUACUUCAAGAAGAAGUGGGUCAAAGCAUUCACCAAAAAGGGCAACGGAGCAGCGAUGUUUAAGACGGAUACCCUUCCCCUGGGUACUAUCCCACACAGACAACAUCAGCUUCCCACUGAAGCUCGGAUUCUGGAGAUCCCUUAUGAGAAUAAUCAUCUGAGCAUGCUCAUUAUACUCCCAGAAACGAUUGAUGGCCUACCAAAGCUGGUAAAAAGGAUCACUUAUGAGAAGAUUAUUAAGUGCACUCAGCCGGACAAUAUGAUUCCCACAGAGGUGAAUGUUGAAAUGCCCAGCUUUAAGCUUCAGGAGAAAUAUGACCUGGAGAAAGCCCUGACGGCUCUGGGAAUAACUGACCUCUUUAGUGAUAAGUGUGACUUAUCUGGCAUGGCACCUGGGCCGCUGAAGCUGUCCAAAGUGGUGCAUAAGUGUGUUGUUGAGGUGGACGAGAAAGGCACAGAUGCAGAAGGAGGCGCUGGAGGAGUUGUCCAGACAGACGGUAAAAAAAUCACCGAGUCUUUCAUCGUAAAAUCCCCCUUUCUUUUCUUCAUCCGCCACAACUCCACCAAGAGCAUCCUCUUCUGGGGCCGCGUCACCCCCCCACCACCUGUAAUCUAGAAUCUGAACCGCAGAGCACCUUCCACAACAGUGUGAUCUGUCAUAUUAAAAACAGUGAUUAUAUUGCAUGUAUCUUCAUUUAAAAUUGAUUUGCUUGGAACGUAAGUUUUAAACAAAACUCUGAAUACUCAAAAUGUUCCAGCACUUAAACUGAAAAACUAUAAAUAAAGGAAAAUCGGGCAGAAACUUGUGUUCUUUUUUU